AAGUGGUCGUUUUGUUGCAUAUAGUCGUCGCUGCGCCGACUGCUACUGCCGAGGACCUCACAAGGACUAUCACUGCUGCUUUGCACAAGUCAGGCAAUCAGUAAGGACACCAUGCUCGUCGUUCGUCGUGCCGCGCUAGCCGCUCGACACGCGAUUGCAAAGGCGCCCGUCGCGGCGCGGAGCUGCUUCAGCACCUACACCGUCACGCAAGUGGAGCAAGGCGACGACGCCGCGUGGCGCAAAUUACUGAGCGACGCCGACUUCCUCGCAGCGGUUGAGGAUUCAGACGAACUGGCAGAAGCGUUCGUGAGACGCAUGGACCAGCAAACCGUGGAAAUAUCGAGGCUCGGCACGCCCGAAGGUAAUGACCCAGAGAUCUGGACGUACGCGGCCCACCUCUUCACGCACGAGGACCCGGCGGUGCUCGCGACGGCGCGCGUCGCCGUCUGGCGAGACGACGGCAACGCCAUGAUCUUCCAGACGGCGGCCGCGUCGACGGCCGUGCCCCAGGAGGUCCUUUCUAGAGUAGUAUCGACGGCCAAGACCGAGGUCGAGAAUUUGGCGUCCUGCGACAAGAUCGCCGGCGUCGCGCGCCUCGACGGGUCGCGUUCCCACUGCGGCAGGCACGGCCUCUGUGCCUGGGUGCGCGAGACCAAGGCCUGGGAGCGCUUCGAGGAGCCGGAACGGAGCGCCGUCGAGGCCAUCGCCACGAACACGCCGCGGCCCGGCCACUCCGUGCUGGGGAAAGGGACCUUCGAGGCCGCGAAGGAGGCCUGGACGACGCUGGCGCUCGGGUUCGCGGACCGCGCCGAGGUGGGGGAGGCGGCGAUUUUUAGGGGAGCGGGCGCGAAAUUGGCGGGCAUCAACUGGCUCCACGACACGUCUCCUGCUGCUUUAGAGGGGAGCGGCGGCGCGACGGCGGCGUUCCACUUCGAGAGCGACUCAUAAGUAGACACACACAGUUACGUUAAAUAUUCUACA